GAAAUUCUUUCCCGGCUGAUUUUUAUUCGUUAUUCUUUUCUAAUAUGAAAAUCCGCUAUAUCCACGAAUCCAAUCUCUUUACCUUCUAAACGUAACGAAAAACAGUUAUUAGGUGUACUUACAUAUUAUACGUAUACCAGUUGAUUGAUAAACGCUAUUUCCUAAUUAUUUGCAAGGAAGGUCGUUCCAAUACCUAUAUAAACUGGGGUAAAAGCUCCGGUAUUAUUGUAGUCUGCUCCAGUGACUGAGAAACACUACACAUUUUCAAUUCAACAUGAACUGCUUGUUUGUCGCUCUUUUCGCCGCCCUCGCCGUAGCCACCCAAGCCAGCGGCGUAGGUUUGGGCUGGGGCGGUCUGGGCCUGGCCGGCGCUCACGGCGGUCUGGGAUGGGCCGGUAACGGUUUGGGAUGGGGCGGCGCCGGCCUCGGCUGGGGCGGUCACGGCGUGGCCAUCGCCGCCGUGCCGGUCGUCAACCCGUGGGCGCACGGCGGAGUCGGACCUUCCGGAGUGACCAGCGGCUUGGGAGCCGCCGGACCCUCGGGAGUCGUCACUGGAGCCGGAGCCGCCGGACCCUCAGGAGUCGUUAACGGACAUGGAGCCGUAGGACCCACCGGACCCAACGGUAGAGGAGUCGUAGUCGCCGCCGCCCCCGCUCUCAUCGCCGGUCACGGCGCCUGGGGCGGUCUUGGUUUGGGACUUGGCAAAGGACACGGAUGGUAGGACCUUACUAGGGAUAUGCAAUUUGUAAUUACGCUCCGAUUUUUGUGUUUGUCUUAUUUAUUAUGUGUGCAAUAAAAAAGAUUUUAACUUUUUAAAA